AUGUACAUUGGAGUACUAUCAAAGAAAAUUGACUCCAAAUUUGACUUGAAGAAUGACUCCAAAUUUGGUGGUGCCCCCGUGUGGUUAUAUGGGAAAGAACCAACAAACUUCAAUUUGAAGUGUCCAACAUGCAAAAAAGACUUAACCUUUUUAUUUCAAUUAUCAACGUCCUAUAAUGAGUACGUAAGAAUUCUUUACUUGUUCUGUUGCCUGAACAGUGGGAAGUGUAAUGUGAACAGGAACAGUUGGAUAUGCAUUAAGGGAAAAAAAAAACUAUUUCAAAAUGUGGGCGAUGAUGAAGUUUGUCCAGAGGUAGGGGUAAGCAGCGGCUGUGCCAAAGAUGAAAUGUGUCACAAUGGAAGAGGAAAUUCAAAUGAUCCCCAGAAAGGAGUUUUCUCCAAUUAUAACAGAACAAAUAGGAGAGAACCCAUUUUUGAUUUCUCAAACGAAAAUAUAAAAAAAGAAGACUCUCUCACAGAAGGUGUAAGUUUUAUGCAGGAAAAAUUAAUCGAUUGGAAAUCCUUAUUUUCGAACAAGGCUACCGAACAGAAAAGGAACAACUCAUUAUUUGGUAACGCCAUUAGUGCAACCUUUAGUGGUGUAAAUCAAAAGACAAGACAUAACCAUUCACCUGACGUAGGUAAUAAUCCCCAAGCAAGUGAACCUACCAGGGGAGACGAACUUCUUGGACUGUCACAAAGGAGGCAGAAUGAGGAGAAGUUUAUCGGAGAAGACACAAGUUAUAAACUACCCACUUUUUACAUUUCCCUCAUUGAAGACGAUGGAGAUGAUUGUGGACAGGGAGACUACCUCUAUGAAAAGGCGAAGAAAAUGCAUGAAACGUAUGAACAACGAAAUAAGGAAAACACAGAAGAGGACACAGAUUUGGCCAUAGGAAAUGGUCACGAUCUGGAUGACAUUGGAGAGAUCGAACUUUUUGAAAAUGAUUUUAACGGAUGUGUAAAGUUUUAUUCCUACUUAAGUAAAAAUUACAAUCAAAUAUUAAGGUAUUCUUAUAAUGGGAAAUUUUUAUAUAUGUACAAAUGUACAAAGAAAUACAUCAAGGAACGGACAAUGACAUGUGUACACUGUGGGAGCAAGCUUCUCUUCGAAAUGCAGUUCUUUUCCACUUUUGUCUAUCAAAUAGAGAAAAAACUUGAAGAAGAAAAGGAUAACCUUUCAGGAAAUUUGUUAAACAAUUUCAACGUGGGAAAUGUCAUCAUAUUCACAUGUGAACGGGAUUGUGUUACGGUGGACGAUAUGUAUUCAUAUGAGCACGUCGAGUUGGAAGUCUUUUAG